UGCCACACCACUCCCAUAGGGGUUUUUGGGGAAGUGAGUCCCGACCGAAGCGCGAACUGUCAGUUUCUUUUUCUCAUAUCAACAGCUUCAUUUAUCAUUUUCACCACUUAUAUAUUUAAAUAUGACAGAGUGUUGACCACCAGAGGAGGUUCAGCUGUGUGCUGAGGUUGCAGUGUGACCGGGAGAGGCUCCAGCUGUAGCACCGUCCGCUGUGGGAGCGCCGGUGUGGACUGGGAGUGGUGGGAGGGUCAGGACAAACCCGGCACGACUUCCACGCUCACUGUACUGUAGAUGCCUAGUGGCGCACAGCAGCCGACCACUGACUGACUGUCUGACUGACUGUCUGGGCUGACAGGCUUACACCAGAGGUACCGGACCAGAUAUCCCCAACACCGUAACUCUGUCUGGAGGUUAAACGCGUAAAGAAGAGAAAGGACGACGCCGUUUUCUGACUCGGCUGUUUGAAGGUGGUGGCUAGUGACGGGGUGCGGGCUAUGAUGGAGUCCGCCCUGACAGCCAGAGACCGGGUGGGCGUGCAGGACUUUGUCCUGCUGGAGAACUUCACCAGCGAGGCUGCCUUCAUAGAGAACCUGCGCAAACGCUUCAAAGAGAACCUCAUCUAUACAUACAUUGGUUCAGUGCUGGUGUCAGUUAACCCAUACAAGGACCUGGAGAUCUACACCAAGAACCACAUGGAGCGAUACCGUGGAGUCAACUUCUACGAGGUCUCACCACACAUUUAUGCAGUGGCAGACAACUCAUACCGUUCCCUGAGGACAGAGAGAAAGGACCAGUGCAUCCUCAUCUCCGGGGAGAGCGGUGCUGGGAAGACGGAGGCGUCCAAGAAGAUCCUGCAGUACUACGCCGUCACCUGUCCAGCCAGCGACCAGGUGCAGACCGUCAAAGACCGCCUGCUGCAGUCCAACCCUGUGCUGGAGGCUUUUGGCAAUGCGAAGACAUUGCGUAACGACAACUCGAGCCGCUUUGGAAAGUACAUGGACAUUCAGUUUGACUUCAAGGGUGCCCCCGUUGGUGGCCACAUAAUCAACUACCUGCUGGAGAAGUCCCGCGUUGUCCACCAGAACCACGGGGAGAGGAACUUUCACAUUUUUUACCAGCUGAUCGAGGGAGGGGAGGAGGAUCUGCUGAGGCGCCUGGGCCUGGAGAGGAACCCUCAGCAGUACCAGUACCUGGUCAAAGGUAACUGUCCCAAAGUGAGCUCUAUCAACGAUCGCAGUGAUUGGAAGGUGGUGAGGAAAGCUUUGACCGUGAUUGGUUUCAGCGAGGACGAUGUUGAGGAGCUGUUGAACAUAAUCGCCAGUGUGCUUCACCUGGGAAAUGUGCAGUACGGCGGGGAAGAAGGCAAUGCCUGCAUCACUUCUGACACACAGAUAAAGUACCUGGCCAGGUUGUUAGGGGUGAAUGGCACAGUGCUGACUGAGGCACUCACACACAAGAAGAUAAUUGCCAAGGGAGAGGAGCUGAUGAGCCCUCUGAACUUAGAGCAAGCAUCAUCAGCUCGAGAUGCUUUGUCCAAGGCAGUGUACGGGCGCACCUUCACAUGGCUGGUGAACAAAAUCAAUGCUUCACUGGCAUAUACGGACGAUUCCUUUAAGAAUUACUCUGUCAUUGGCCUGCUGGACAUCUACGGUUUUGAGGUCUUCCAGAACAACAGCUUCGAGCAGUUCUGCAUCAACUAUUGUAACGAGAAGCUGCAGCAGCUCUUCAUCGAGCUCACCCUCAAGUCAGAGCAGGAGGAGUACGAGGCUGAAGGCAUCACGUGGGAGCCGGUGCAGUACUUCGACAACAAGAUCAUCUGUGAUCUGGUGGAGGAGAAGUUCAAAGGCAUCAUCUCCAUCCUGGACGAGGAGUGUCUGAGACCUGGAGAUGCCAGUGACCUCACCUUCCUAGAGAAACUGGAGGACACUGUUGGAGGACAUGCGCACUUUGUCACUCACAAGCUGGCAGAUGCAAAGACCCGGAAGGUAAUGGGCCGUGACGAAUUCAGACUGCUGCACUAUGCUGGAGAGGUCAACUACAAUGUCAAUGGAUUUUUGGACAAGAACAACGACCUGCUCUUCAGGAACUUAAAAGAAGUUAUGUGUAUGUCAGAGAAUAAGAUCCUGACCCAGUGUUUCGACCGGGAGGAGCUGAGUGACAAGAAACGCCCAGAAACGGCAGCCACCCAGUUCAAAGCCAGUCUGGCGAAACUCAUGGAGAUCCUCAUGUCGAAGGAGCCGUCGUACGUCCGCUGCAUCAAGCCCAAUGACUCCAAGCAAGCAGUUCGAUUCGACGAGGUGUUGAUCCGUCACCAGGUCAAGUAUCUGGGGCUGAUGGAGAAUCUGAGGGUGAGGAGAGCUGGAUUUGCUUACAGACGGCGCUACGAGGUCUUCCUGCAGAGGUAUAAGUCCCUGUGUCCAGACACAUGGCCUAACUGGCAGGGGAAACUGUCAGAUGGAGUGGCCACACUGGUCAAACACCUGGGAUACAAGCCUGAAGAGUACAAACUUGGCAGAUCCAAAAUCUUCAUCCGUUUUCCCAAAACCUUAUUUGCCACCGAAGAUGCUCUGGAGACCAGGAAACACAGUCUUGCCACCAAACUGCAGGCAGGAUGGAAAGGAUACAGCCAGAAGUCCAAAUACCAGAAACUUAGAAAAUCAGCUAUCGCCAUCCAGGCGUGGUGGAGGGGGAUCCUGGCUAGGAGGCGGGCCCAGCAGAGGCGACAGGCUGCCAAUACAAUCCGCAGGUUCAUCAAAGGCUUCAUCUACCGCCACAAGGAGCGCUGUCCAGAGAACGAGUACUUCCUGGAUUACGUGCGCUAUUCCUUCCUCAUGAAGCUGCGCAAGAACCUGCCCAAGAACGUCUUGGACAAGAGCUGGCCGACACCUCCUGCUGCUCUCACUGAGGCUUCAGAGCAUUUGCGUAAGCUGUGCAUGCAGAACAUGGUGUGGAGCUACUGCAAGAAGAUCAGUCCUGAGUGGAAGCUCCAGAUGGAGCAGAAGAUGACUGCCAGCGAGAUCUUCAAGGACAAGAAGGACAACUACCCACAGAGUGUGCCCAAACUGUUUGUCAGCACAAGACUCAAUGGAGAGGACAUUAAUCCCAAGGUUCUGCAGGCUCUGGGCAAUGAGAAGAUGAAGUACGCAGUGCCAGUCACCAAGUACGACAGGAAAGGUUACAAACCUCGUUCCCGUCAGCUGCUGCUCACCUCUAACAGUGCUGUUAUCGUAGAGGAGGGCAAACUCAAGCAGCGCAUCGACUAUGGAGCUCUGAAAGGUAUAUCAGUCAGCUCCCUCAGCGACGGCUUGUUUGUUCUGCAUGUGCCCAGUGAAGACAACAAACAGAAGGGAGAUGUGGUUCUGCAGAGCGACCAUGUGAUCGAGACCCUGACCAAGAUUGCCAUCUGCUCCGACAAAGUAAACAACAUCAACAUCAACCAGGGCAGUAUAAAGUUUACAGUGGGUCAGGGGAAAGAGGGCAUCAUAGACUUCACCCCCGGAUCAGAACUACUGGUGGCCAAGGCGAAGAAUGGACACUUGUCUGUGACUGCUCCCAGACUGAACUCCAGAUGAUGGCCACUCUGACCACGCACCAGGACCCUGAGACCUCCUGACGUCUCCCAUCCUCCAAUCACACAACCGCAGACCCCGCUCUGCUUAAGCCAAUCAGACGCCAGCUGUCACCACAUGGGUGGCAUAUGCUUCCAAUUAAAAUACGUACAAAUCCAGCAAAACUAAUUGAUAUAUUUAUGUUUAUAGAUAAUAUUUUUGGGAUUAAUACUAUUGCUGUUUGAAUAUUCUGAUUUUAUAUAUGAGGCCAAGGAAUAACAAAUAUUUUGGUGCAUUUUUCUGGCACCAUGUGUGUUUAUUGUGUUUUUUUGGGGGGGGGACAUGACCAAGAGAACGACGAGGGAAGUGUCAGGCCACAAUGAGAAGAAGGGGAUUGUUGUUGAUGAAAAUCAGGGUUAGUUGUUGUCUGUUGCCUCUUUUUUUUUCCUGUUUGCUCUUUCUGCUUGAUCGUCACACUGACACUACUUUUUCUAACCGGGGCGGAUUGCUUUGUACUGAGGCAUGAAGGUGUGUAGAAGAAGGCUGACAGUAUGUAGGAUAGCUGUUGAAAGGUUCAGGGACUGGACAAGAAUAACUCGUCAGUCAAACAGAGAUGCCUUGGCACGGUAGUGUCAGACAGUGGCUCGCUAAAUCAGAAAGAAUAGCUGAAUGUACUAUAUAUUUCCAAAAUCUAUUUGUAGAAUGAAGCUUGUCAUGAGGGAUUGACUACAUUAAAUAAACGGCAUACAGUGGAAAUACUGCAAAAAGGAACAAAGUACGUGAGAGGUGGCUGAGGAAAGGCCAAAGAAAGAUGAUAAAAGGCAGCAGUCAUUUGCCUUGAUCCCAGGUGCUCGUGCCUUCCUCUUUGACUAAUUUAUUCAUAGAUUGAGCUGAAAUAUUGAUGUAUGAAAACCAUGACACUCACAGGAGAAUGAGUCGAGUUAGAUAAAAGUGUAGAUAACCAACAUUAUUCCAGCAGCAGCUUCCUGUACAGAUGUUUCCUCCUUGAAUCGACGUAACCCGCUCUGACUUGACCCCGCCGUCUCAUUUGGCUGCAUUUCCUCUGAACUGGAGCUUCUGCCUCACUAUUACAGAGCUGGUCUUAUGGCUACACCUGGCUGAGUGUCAACUAUAUUUUUGUAACAGCCUAAAACGUUUUUUUUUUUUGUGCGCUGAUAACCAAAAAAAUCUCUCCACUUUUACAAGUCUAUGUCUUACAUUUGAAAUGUGAGAGUAAAACAAUCUGAGGCCAUAAAUGUUGAACCUGUACUUCAAAACUGUGUUCAGCCGAGGCAUGUCAAGUCAAAAACAGUGAUUUAAUAGCUGUGUGAUGUCAAGAUGUUUGUUUAAGUGUGACAUUUUUAAAGGAACAGUGACAUUUUGGUAAAUGUGUGUGACACCAUGCUCAGCUGUUGUGAAUAGGAAGGUACAGCCAGGAGACACGUCGCUUAGUUCAGGGAGAAGCAGGUAGCACUGACACACGUGGUUUUCUACAAAUCAAACAAACAAAACAAAGUGUGUUAAUUUGUAGAGUGAGAGGUGCUGGAAGGCAGACUGUGUUCCCUCUGAACAGAGCCAGGCCAGCUUUUUCCACUUGUCUUGCCAAGCUAACUGUUUCCUGGCUGUAAGCUUGCUUCAUAUGGAUCCUCGUUUAAGUUUCUGGCAUGAAAGCACAUUAGUACAUUCCCCAAAAUGUCUAAUCCUGUUGCAUAGAGCCAGAAAUCUAUAGUUCUUUUCAGAAUUUUGCUCCUUUGAGUGUAACAGAACAUUUCCGAGAAAGCUUCUAAGUUGUCACAUGACUCUAAAAUCUUGGUAGGAGUAAAAUAGUUGUGCAUCCUUCUAGAAGUACCACAGUGCUUCAGGCUGAGAGCCUCCUGUAGACAAACAUUUCUCUCUUACUCAGACCAAAGACUGAUUCUGAAAGUGAUUGAACAUUUGAGAGAAGCUCCAAAAUAUUUCCAAGAUUUUUUUUUUUUUUUUUUCCUUUCUUUCUUUUUUCCAAACCUUGCUCAGUGACAUACAUGUGGGUGGCAAGGCGGGUGCAAUAUGCCGAGGCAGGACUGUGCAACUGCACUUCAGAUAUACUAGCCAAAGACCCUAGUUGAUUUCUAGUGAUUAUCAGUUGUAUGAUUUAUAUGAUAUUAUUGUGUCGCUUCUAAUUGUCAUGUUGUUUUUCUGGAGGGCGAUCUGUUUGUACAGUUUGUGUUCUGUGUUAUAAAUGAGAGGUUCAAGCCAAGUGAGGUUUGCUGCAAAACAUUUUGGGAGAGAAAAGCUUCUAGUAUUGUUUGUUAACACAAACUUGUCCAUGUGCCUUGUCGAAUAGCAAUACAGCCGAUUUGUGUGGGAUUAUGAAAGAAAUACCUCGGUGGCAGAGUCUUGUCGGGCCAUUUCUGAAUGUUCUCCCAGCAGCACCCAAAGGUCUCCUCCCUCUGUGUGUAUAAGCUUUACUCAAACCAAAUCCUUUAAAGUUUAUCUAUUGACUUACAGAUGCACUCCUGUUAUCGAUCCUGACUUACUGUAUGCACCACACCAAUGUAUAAUUAUGCCAACACACUAAAAGAUAAGAUACUAAAGAUUUGAAUACAUUUGAAUAGUAAAUGCAAACUGAUGAAUGGCUGUUUGUGGUUUGUUCUGUUCUUCCGCUGUCUGUGUCCUUGUGUCUAAUGUAACAGUUGUACCCUAUAUUUCAAUAUUAAAAACUCAAUAAUAGUCUUAAA